AUGGAAGCACCACCCAGACCGCUUGCCGGUCUCGACUACGAGACUUGCACGCUCAAAGAACUCCAGCUGUUUUUCAAACAGCGGUCAGCAAAAGAGCUGCCCGCAUACGAGAGACAUGACAAGCGAUUCGUCAUCCGCUGUCUGCGACUUCUGGACGACAACUUCACCUUCCGAUUCAUGGAUCUGGCCGGAGAGCUGCGCAAUAUCAUCUAUGAGCGUCUGCUUCUCUACAACAGAAAUAGACCAGCGCCUCUCUAUCCCGAGAUACUUCGAGUCUCGAGGCGUUGUCACGCCGAAGGACUGGGAAUCCUCAAGCAAGAAUGCUCACCCAGUCUAGUAUUCUCAGGCAUCCCCCAAGAAAUCCAAGACACCCUCUCCCACAUCUCCCACCACUCCACAGGCGGCACUCCUCUCACGCGAUGGCUAGAAGCCGACGCCAAGAUCAAAGAGGCCUCCGAUCUGGUCGUUCGGUCGAAGCUCCGCAUCCCCUGGCUGGUAGUCGUCCAAUCCGGGUGGAGGAAAACCGCACCACAGGCUCCUGAAUCUUUGAUGAUUGAUAUGCUGGGCAGAGGAGCGGAGAGGUGUGGGUGCCGGGAUCUUCAACGCAUGUUUCAGUUCUAUCUUCGCGGGUUUGCGCGCAUGAGGUCGUGA